AUGAUCAAGAAACAUCAACAUGAACCUCGGCAUCCUUUCCCACGUUGGAUCAUUUCAGCUCCGUUAAACCAGAGAAGCACCGGAGCAGAGCCGCAAACACACGAACUAUCAAGCAACACACAACACGUUUUACAUCAUCCAGAGAGGAGCUGGCUCUGGAACCAGUUCUUUGUGAUCGAGGAGUACAGAGGGCCGGAGCCCGUGCUCAUUGGACGGUUGCACACGGAUAUGGACAAAGGAGACGGCCGCACUAAGUACUUGUUGGAGGGAGAGGGGGUGGGCUCUGUGUUUGUCAUCGACAGCAACACAGGCAACAUACACGUGACCAAGUCUCUGGACCGCGAGGAGAAGGACCAGUACCGUCUCAUCGCAACGGCUACAGACUGUCAGACCGGCCGUGCCCUGGAGCCCUCCUCUGAGUUCAUCAUUAGAGUGCAGGACAUCAAUGACAACCCACCUGUCUUCCCCAAUGAACCCUAUGUUGCCAUGGUACCGGAGAUGGCCAACAUAGGCACGUCUAUAAUCCAAGUCACGGCCAGAGAUGCAGAUGAUCCAACAUAUGGAAACAGCGCCCGGCUGGUGUACGCCAUUACUCAGGGCCAGGACUAUUUCUCAGUGGAUCCUCAAACAGGCGUCCUGCGGACAGCAGUACCUGACAUGGACAGGGAGACUCAGGAUGAAUAUCUGGUCCUCCUUCAGGCCAAAGACAUGGGGGGACAUCUGGGCGGACUAUCAGGGACAACAACAGUCACUGUGAAGCUGAGUGAUGUCAACGACAACCCCCCUCACUUCAGAAGGAGUGCGUGGUCGUUCUCUGUAUCGGAGCUAGCGGCUCCAGGUGUGGAGGUGGGCCGUCUCACUGCCACCGAUCCUGAUCUGGGAGAGAACGCACAGCUGGAGUUUACUAUCCUGGAUGCUGAAGAGGCUGAAAUAUUCAAUAUAACGGGAAGAGACCGGGAGGCUGUCAUUGCGCUGAACAAGCUGCUGGAUUAUGAGACCCGCAGCUCGUACUCUUUCAUUGUGGAAGUUGCCAACCCCGUGGUGGAUGCUCGCUACUUAAGGAAAGGUCCCUUUAAGGACCAAGCAACAGUUCGGGUAAUGGUCCUUAAUGCUGAUGAGCCGCCACGAUUCUCCCAGGCUCGCUACCAUCUGGAUGUAUCUGAGAACUGCCCCCCUGUCUGCUCUGUUGGCCGGGUCUACGCUGUGGACCCAGACACAGGACAAACCACCAACAUCAGGUACUCCAUCGAUCCCCAGUCAGACCCCGAGGCUCUGUUCCGCAUCGCCUCUGACACCGGCUUCAUCAGCACAGUGAUGGAGCUGGACCGUGAGCAGGAGCAGUGGCACAAUAUCACUGUCAUUGCCACACAGAGGGGUAUGUCAUCCCCCUCUGCCCUCUGGAAUUUAAGUGAUCAUUUCAACAUUGGUUUGCCUUUUCUUUCAGACAAUCCAAAUCUUGUGUCAAGGGUUGUGGUUGCCAUAGAGACACUGGACCAGAAUGACAAUGCACCAGAGUUGGACAGGCAGUAUGCAACGUCUGUAUGUGACUCCAGUGCUCCCGGUCAGGUUGUUCAGGUUUUGAGAGCUGUCGACAGGGAUCAAGGAGGGCAAGACACCCCCGUCCACUUCAGCAUCCCUCCGGAGUCCAGCUCCGCUCUCAACCUCACCAUCAGGGAUACCGGAGGUGUGACAGCCAGCCUGGUGCUACAAUCAGUCUUGGAGCCCCUUCCUGGCUUCUCCUCAUCCUUACUCACCCUCUAUGUGCCAGUUGUGCUGCGCGACGGAGCCUCCGGUCUUACCAACACUGGCACGGUCACUGUGACCAUUUGUCCCUGUCUGCGGGGGGGUAUGCAGACAGAGGAUAGGGGGAGACAGAGGGACCAAAGAUGGGAGAGACACAUGGUUUGUCUGCCCAUGCCGUCCGCCUCUCCAUCUCUCAUAUUCAGUUUAGUCACCUUACUGGCCAUGCUGGCUUGUGUCACCACUCUGCUGGUGGUGUGUGCACUCUCGCUGUCAUUGCGCCAUCAGAAGCGCGACUCCCACUCACCCUUCGAGGAGGAUGAUGUCAGGGAGAACAUCAUAUCCUAUGAUGACGAGGGGGGAGGGGAAGCAGACACCGCAGCUUUUGACAUUACAGCGCUGCAGAGCAUGCACAGAAUACAGCACAUGCACAACAACAGAAACAUAUGGUACACCCAGCAGAAUCUGCCGAGGGCCAGAACGUACAGCUGGAGUCGUAACCCGCGCCCCGGCCUGGACCCUCAUCAGCGUCCAGGCUCCGCUCCGCUCUACGGACGCCUCUGCUAUGGCAUCCACACACUGCCUGUUCUCAGAGAUUACCCAGUCGGGCCUCUGGAGGCAGGUUUGCAACUAACUCAGCUGACCCAUGGGCUCACCGGAGGUCAUAUAGCCAAUUCCCUUGUCAUCCAGAACCAGAGCACCUUUGAGCCUCUGCUGCAAUCUCCCGAGAUGAGCCCUGCUAGUUACGAAGCAGAUCACAUGCUGGCAAAGAGCAACAUUACAGAGAGAAAUGAAGGCAGUGAAGCAAACGCUGCUGACACAAAACAGAACGAAGACCAGGACAAGAUAAACUCGCCAGAAUCAGAGUCGACACCAGCCAACAACUCUGCAGAUCUGACCUACUGUGACCCCAAUGAGUCUUCGUGCCAAAGUCACACCAGCUCCUCAUCAAACCAGCAAGAGGGGCGUCCAGGGUCAUCGCAGACUCAAAUCAGCACUGGAGCCACCAGCUGUACAGUGGAUGAUUUUGAUACUGAUUCCUCUAUUCCUUCCGUCUCAGAGCGAAAUUACUCAAACGUCAGUCAAAUCAGCUCCGCUACCCCUCCUGCUCACCUGAAGGGAGACACAUACAGUAUUGUGGGCUCGCUGAAUCCAAAUAGCAGAGGGAUAUGUAUGAACGGGACUAGCAGCAGUGGUUUGUAUCCAGCGGGGACGCAGCUACUGAACAUGUGCAGACUCCAGAGAAAGGAUUUGACCCCACAGCCUUUGCCCUUACCCGGGGGGAUGUAUGGUAACAACAGAGGCUGGGGGUGCGGGGUCAAGCCUGCGAGAACAGAAGCCGCCAACCCGCAGCCUGUCCGAAUGGAAGACCUCCUGAAUUUCCGUCUGGACCAGGUCACCUUUGACCUGUCCCAGCCGCCCUAUGACUCACUGCAGACUUACGAGUUUGAGGGCCGUGACUCAAGGGCUGAGUCACUGAGCUCGCUGGAGAGCGACGCGGAGAAGGACGAGGGCAGAGUGGUGGGAGGGAUGGAGGAGUUAAACCAGAAGUUUCAGAGGCUGGUGGAGAUCAUCAGGGAGAGGGAGACGGAGAAGGAGAAGGAGAAAGAGCAGGAGCAGGAGCAGGAGGAGAAACCAGCGGAGGGAGGAGAGACUGCAGAGGCAACUCUCAGUGAGACUCAUAAACAAACAGAGGAGAAAGAAAAAGAACAGCAGAGAUGGGAUUUCUAG